AUUAAUUUAUUUGCAAAUAUCAUUUAAGAAAAAAGGGAUUAUUAAAAUUUUUUAUACUUUAUAGCUUAUUCAAAAAAUCAAACUGAAACAAUAGGGAUUUCCAAAAUUAAGCUUAGAAACCGCUAAUAAGAAAUGUUGUCUCAAAGUGGAUCAAACACAAAAUUGCAACAAAACACCACAAACUAGCAAAUAAAUAGCUCUUAAAAUGCCAACAUGAAUAAUUAUCACUCAAAUAACUUAAAUUAGAAUUAAUUUCAAUACGCCCAAAAUAAUUUUCAUUCACAAGAUCAUUUAUUGUAAGGAGAACAUAUGUUCAAUAAAAGCUAAUAGUAACAAAGCUCAUAAAACAAUAGUAAUGCUCUUGCUUAACAUUUAUUGGCAUCGUCUUCUAUAUAAGUGAAUAAUGGUACAAACAAUAAAAAGAGUAGCGUUAAAAAUCAAAAUCAAGGAACUACUAAUUAAGCAGCUAACUACAGUAGUGGGAUUGGACAGUCACAAGUGGUUGGCAGAAAAAAGAGUCAGGGGUUACUGCAAAAUAUAAAUAAUAUGAAUGAAAGCACAUCUGCAUCUUCCAAUAUGGCAAACUAGAACAGUAAACAAAAUGAGAAGAACAUGUUGGUUGAUAUUUUGAGUAUCAACUAGCAAUACCAAAAUUAGAUUUAACAGCAUUAAUAGUUUAUUUAAUAGAAAAUGAAUAACAACAACAAAGCUAACAACAACUUAAAUAAUGAAAGUAACCAGCAGUCACCUUUAGAAUGUACAAGUGGAAGUAAAAAUAGGAAUGAAAGUAGCGGUCAUGAAGGGUCUAAGGUGUAAAAUAUAAAACUUAACAAUCUGAUUAACUAACUUACAAAGCAGUCUUAAUUUAAUUCUCAAUUUUAAGAAGGAGGCUCUCCGUCUAAAGUAUCAGAUGAGGCUCCCAUUUCGAACAGCAAACAGACUAAAAAAUCAAAGCAGUAGCCAUAGCAAGCAGCAGGAAAUUCGAAAGACAAGCAAAAGAAUACCAUGCAUUCGUACUCUAAUUCUUUGACAAAUUAAAAGAAUAAAUCUUCCAGUUGCUCUUCUCAACAGCAUUUACUGCAAACUCAAUAGAUUUAACAAAAUAUCUCGAUUCCUCCUUAAAGUCCAACAGGAUUAGCAUAAAUGAUGCAAAAGUAAGAAAGUCCUGAUCUUAAAUUCGGAAAUUAGCAAUAAUAACAAUAUAGUGCAGUUUUAGUAAGCAACUGGAAUAUGGCUAACACUUCUCAAACAUCUAGCUAGAAUGGGUUUUAGAGCGGAACAUAACAAAACUCAUCAAACUAGCAAGGAUACCUCCAAAAUUUUUAACAGUCUCAAUUACAAUAGACUUCCAUCGCUGACCAAAUUCAUAAAAUUAUUUGCGGUAAUGGCAAGUCAGUAGUAUCUACUUCUAAUUCUUCAUAGCAACAGUAGAAUUAAUAGCUUAAUUAACAGCAAAACAGCUAUAAUAAUAUGAAGCAAAAUGAUUACUACGAAGUUAUGACUAAAGUCGAUAAAGACAAAAAUAAAAAAGGUAGAAAUGGAUACCAACAAAACAAUUAAGCUAGUAGUCCUUAAUCACAAGCAAGUGCAACAGCAGCAACAGGUUCUACUAUUCUAUAAAACAGUAAUCACACAAGCAGUAUUAACUUUUAGCAAAACAGCGCAAACACUAACUAAAACCACUAUGUGAACGCAUCUUCUACUAACACAAACCAAAUGUAUAAUAACGUAAAUUUAAUGAAUAGCAACAAUGUAAAUUAGGGAGGAGCAUUUAACAAUAUAAGCUCUCUAAACAACACAAAUAAAAUAUCAUCUAUUUAAAAGAAGACUGAAAAAAAUAAAUCUAAAAAAUAAUUAACAAUAAAUACAGCUGAAGUUCAUCAAACAUAUAAUUUCCCUCAAAAUAUGUAAAUUCCACAUACAACAACCACAACUACAAAUAAAAACUAAUUAUAUGCAACAAAUGAUGAAAAUGUCAAUCAGAUGUAACUUCAGUAACAAUUAUAAAAGUAAAUUCUUUAGCACUCCUCAACCAAUGCUGCCUACAAUUAAUAUUUACAAUCUUCUUAAGUUUAGCAUGACCUCUUGCACAAUUCAAAAAGUAAUGUAAACCUUCAAUCACAGUAACUCUACCUCUAGUAAGGUUAAAUUUCUUAGAUUUUAAGCUAGCAGCAGCUUUCUCAUUAAUAAUCUUAGUCUCAGCAAUCAAAUUUGUAGUAAUCAUCUAACUUGUCAUCUUGCAACAGACCUAAAACUGCUAAAAAUAGUGCAUCAUCUUCCUCAAAUAAAUAAAAUUUUAUUAUAAAUUCAUCUAAAUCAAAAUAGCAAUCAAAUGCAACAUCUUCUGCAUCUUCAUCUAUAAUGAAAUAACUUUCACCAAAAUACCAAUAACAGCUUAUGAAAUAUGAAGGUAUGACUAAUGUCCUUCAACAACAAUAAGAUUAAAUUCUAAAAGAAAACUUCUUAAAUUAAAUAACAGCUAAGUAAAAUGAAAUAAAUGGUAUUGAAAUCAAUCACUAAGAGCCUUUCUUUUUAUCUCCUAAACACCCUAAAUCUCAACCCCAAAGUACAAAAAAUCAGUAAAAAUAAACUCACUUUGAAUUCCCAUUGAACUAAUAGAAUCAACAAGUGUAGAACUAAUAGCAAGUAAAUAACUUUUAAUCUACUAAUUAGCAUGAUUUGGUAAACUUAAGUCAAACCCUUAACUAAUAGAAACAAUAAUAAAAGUAAAAAAAUCUAUAAAUAAAUUAAAUACUAUUGUAAUAGCAAUAAUAAAUCCUUCAAAAUUAACAGUAACAAUAGUAAUAAUAAUAAAUGCAUUAGUCUUCGACAAUUUCAAAUUCUUAGUCAUAAAACUCAUAAAUGCUUACAAAUAAAAAAUUUUCUUCACGUGAAACUUAAGACUUAAAAUCAAAUUCUCAGUUAAAAUAAAGUAGCACAAGAGAUACUUCGAUCUAAAAAUUAUAAAGAUCCGAUCUAAUAAAGAUAGUGUAAAGAACAUCAUAAAUUUUAAAUUCAUAUUCUAAAUAGAAAGAGUUUUGGAUCCAAGAAAAAAGAAUGCUCCUAAAUGAAGUAAAUUAAUUAAGAGCAAGAUUAUAAUUCUAUGAAGACAAUACUAAUCUAUAGUGA